AUGCUCGAGCGACUCCCCGACGAAAUAAGCAUCCUGAUCCUGGCGCACUGCAAGGUGGCCGAGCUGGGACGCGCGGCCCGGGCGUGGCGCGACCUCAAUAACAGAGACGGCGUGUGGCGGGCGCUCCAGAAGGCGAUCCUGGGCUGCGCGCCGCCGCCGCGCGGCGCGCGGGGCCGUUCGAGCGGUCGGAACAAGCUCUCGGGCAAGGAGUCGUUCAAGCGGCUCGUCGCCACGCGGCGCCAGAACACGGAGGAGGCGCGCGCGCGCUUCGAGCAGUGCGAGAAGCCGGGCAUCGGCGCGCUCCGGAAGCUCCUGAAGGCGUGGCAGCCGCUCUCCAUCAACCAUAGAGGGUCGGCGGGCUGCACCUUCCUCCACAGCGUCGUCGCCGACGCGCGGCUCUCGCCCGCGCAGACGGUGCAGUGCGUCCGCGAGUUGCUGGAUAAGCACGGGGCCGACGCGUCGCGGGGCAACGACCUGCGGAUGGCGCCGCUCAUGUCGGCCGCGGCGCUCGGCGAUGUUAAGUUGGUGACCUUACUCUUGGACGCGGGCGCAUCCAUUACUGCCCGCGGCGCCCACCCGAACGGUUUUGUGGGAGCGCCCGUGCGGCCGGGGAAGCGCGCGCGGACGCCGCGCGAGUGGGCCGAGUGCUUCGGCCAGUCGCAGGUCGUCGAUUUGCUGGACCGGCGCGCGGACGCGGCGCCCGAAAGAAAGAAGCGGCGCCGCGAGGCGAAGUACUUCUGCCUGCCGGCGUGCCCCUUCUACGGCGCGAACACGGGCGAGAUGGUCAACUGCGAGACCUGCGACAACUGGUUCCACUGCGCCUGCGUCGGCAUCUCUCAUACGGAAUUCGCGCGCUUCGUGCGCGACGAGAGCGCGCGCUUCGAGUGCGCGGCCUGCGCGGCGCGGCAGGCCUCUGCGCGGCGCGUCGUCGACCGCAGCGGUGUUGUGUGGGAUGCCGCCUGGGACUCAGCAGGGCGCCAGUACUACGUCGACCGCGCGACCGGGCGGACGAGCUGGCAAGUUGACGUUACGGCGGCUGGGGCGCCGGGGUACUACAAAGCCCGGGCGCGAGCGCGCGUCGUCGAGCUCCUCGGGGACCAGCUCUUUUCACUGCCGCCAGCGUCGCGUGCGCCUGCACUGGUGGCAACGGUAA